UGAGUUCCCAUGCUUGUUCUGUGCUUAUCUAGUUGCUGCACGUUUCUUUCGGAGUUCAACAGUACAGAAUCUCAUGGCCAAAAAUAAAUCUUUGAAAUCAGGAUCAAGUCUUCCUAAGAGGAAAAAGUUGGGUUCAAAUACUAGUGAGGUUCAUCCAGAAGAAAUGAUGGAUGCUGAAGUAAAAAAGAAAAGGAAAAAGAUGGCGGUAGAGGAUGCUCCAGUACAGAUUCCUCAAGACACAAUCACAGCAGAUGAUAAAAAACAGAAAAAGGACAAGAAACACAAAAAGAAACAAGUGACAGAGCCAACUAAGAUUUCAGAUCCACCCAGUCGCCCUGAGGGGACACAUGAGCCGGAGGGAGAGGAGGACUUGAGUCCUGAAGAGAGGCGGGUCCUGGAGAGGAAGAUGAAGAAAAUCCUGAAAAAGGAAGAGAAGAAGAGGCUGAAGGCGGAAGGAGAGACCUUACCGAAAACAGAAGCAUCUGGACCCACCGCACCUCAGCAAGCCUUAGAUUACCUCACCUGCUGGGCUGAGAGGCGCACAGAGUGGAAGUUCCAGAAGACCAGGCAGACGUGGUUACUGCAGCACAUGUUUGACUCUGAAAAGAUUCCAGAUGGGAAGUUCUCCAUGCUGCUCGAGUAUCUGGAGGGGCUUCGUGGAGGGGCGAGGGACACUACAGUGCAGAAGGCCUUAGCCCUGGUUGAAGAGUCAGGACAAGCACCAGAGGACGUGGCUGUCCAGCAGAGGGCGCACAGAGCCAGAGAAGUUAUCCAGCUGCUUUCCUGACCUACCACUG